GCCAUUGAUGGAAGCCUCCAAGCCUUGCCCUCAGUUAAAAUGGCGACUCCAGUUGCUAGUUUACGUGAACUCGGCGGGCCCCUGGAGAGGCUUUCCGCGUCGGCCGCAGGGCCAGUCGGGAAACGAUUUUAAACUGGAGGGCGUGGCGAGUGUGGAGUUGCGCCUUCUCGAGUGGAGGGUUCAAGGGUACUUUUGCUCACAGGAGUGCUCCGGAGAAGGGUCUUUGAGACUCCCUGCCUUUCGUGGGCCGACGCCAGCUUCCGAAGAGUGAGGGUCGCAGAGCUGGGCUGCUUGGGAAGUGGAACUGUCUCCCCCAGGGUGAAGUCGCGCCUGAAGGAAGCUAGGUUCCCUCCAGGGCUCCUGAUGCCUCCUCUUCUGAACUCACCCGGGACUGCUUCGGUUCUCGCUUAGCCGUCAUUUUGGCCGCUCUCUUUUUCUUAAAAAAAAAAAAAAAAGCAAAACGAAAACCUUUGGUCACGACGUAGUCUUGGAGCCAGACUUGAAGAAUGAUUCGUGAAUCCGGAAUGGACAUUACGACAUAGUUUUGGUGAUUUACCCUCCAUAGAGAAUGUUGUCACCACCCUCCUAUGGCACACCACUCCUGUGGAGGAGGAAAUGGCCACGCCCCCAGAGCCAAGAUGACUACGACCCAGAUCACUGCCGACCCUACAGGAAAGAGAAAAGGAGAAUUGGGUGUGGACUGAGAGGUUGGGCUGCUGCAGAUUGUCUGGGGACACUGUAAGAAGAUGACUUCUAAAAGCCCAGAACUCCACAGGAGAGUGAAAAAACCAUGGAUUCUCAUGAUUCCCAAGGACUGACUUCUAGACGAAGGAGCUCAAAUCUUAAGGACUACUUUGUAGGUGCCACCCCUCUGCAGAAACGACUGGGAUUGGUCAGGAGGCAGAGUUCAUUUUUUCCCAGUCCAUCUCGAAGGAAAAUUCCCCAGUGUUCACAGUUUCAGGAAGAUAUCGAUCCUCAGAAGGUUGCAUUUCUACUUCACAAACAGUGGACUGUAUAUAGUUUAACUCCCCUGUAUAAAUUCUCCUAUUCUAAUCUCAAAGACUAUUCUAGACUUCUAAGUGCAUUUAUUGCUGCCGAAAAGCAAAAAGGCCUUGCUGUGGAAGUGGGAGAAGACUUCAACACCAAAGUGAUUUUUUCCACUCUACUUGGAGUGAAAGGGACACAAAGGGACCCAGAAGCGUUUCUUGUCCAGAUUCUCUCACAGUCUCAGUCAUCGCGUGAACACAGAGAGGACAAAGUGUUGUGGACGGGCUGGUUCUGCUGUGUAUUUGGAGAGAGUCUUCAGGAGAUGGUCUCAGAGGACUUCACCUGUCUGCCCUUAUUCCUUGCAAAUGGAGCAGAGUCCAAUACAUCCUUAAUCGGAGGCUGGUUUCAAAAAACCUUUGACUGUUGCUUCAGUCCUUUAGCAAUCAGUGCGUUUAAUCUUUCCUGGAUGGCUGCUAUGUGGACUGCAUGCAAAAUGGACCAUUACAUGGCUACUACUGAAUUUUUUUGGUCUGUGCCCUGUAGCCCACAGAGCUUAGAUAUUUCUUAUGCAAUACAUCCAGAGGAUGCAAAAGCUUUAUGGGACAGUGUCCACAAAGCACGUGGGGAGAUUACCCAGGAGGAAGUUGACUUAUUUAUGAACUGCCUUUAUUCACAUUUCCAUAGGCAUUUCAAAAUUCACUUAUCAGCCACAAGAUUGGUUCGUGUCUCAACAUCUGUAGCUUCAGCACACACUGAUGGGAAAAUAAAGAUUCUGUGUCAUAAAUACCUUAUUGGUGUAUUGGCAUAUAUGACGGAACUGGCAAUUUUUCAAAUUGAAUGAAUGCUAAGUGAUGUGUUAUAAGCCCUUUUGUUCAUUUGCUGAAUUGCGAUGCCUGGUGGAACAGUGGAAGAACUGGAGCACUUGUUUUCUCAGGGUGCCUUUGGAGCUGCCCAAUUGGAACAUAGUAGUGGUAGUGGGUGAGCCAUGUUCAUGGGCGCGUGUACCCAGCAUAUCACUGUGGCUGCAUCAUAUUAUAAAAGAUGCUGAAUUGUUAAUAUAAAAGGAUCCAAUUUAGUUAAAUAAACUUCUCUAAAAUCUGG